CUACAACACAAAGAGACGAGAAAAUGUUGCAGCGUCCCACUUGGCACUGGGCCACAUAACGGUGCCGCGCGCUGUCCAAUCCCCUCAUCCCAGGCCACCAAGCCAAGUGACUCGUGCUACCCAAACAAAAAUGGCGGCACCCACAUCAAUGGAAGUCAUCAGCUGCCUGGCGCUGCUGCUCGGCGUGCUCAUAAGCAGCGGCUACUGCAUAGACUGCUUCAAGUGCGUUUCAUAUAAUGGCGCUAACAAGGCGUGCGACGAUCCAUUUCACAAUAAUUACUCCACCGCCAUAUUGGAAUCACCCUGCAUGGGCGGACGCAAAGGACGCGAUGGCCUCUUUCCAGCAACAGCGUGCAUCAAAAUUGCCGGCUAUUAUGAUGACAACGGCCAGACGAUAACAGUGCGCGGCUGCGCUCUGGACAGCGGCACGCUGACAACAGACACAGAGAUUAUAAGAAUGUCGCAUUGUGGUAAAUUCUACUACGAUGGCAGAUACGUACAUGGCUGUCUACAGAGCUGCAGUGAUGCGGAUGCUUGCAACAGCAGCCAAACAAAGCAUGUUGAGCCAUUUAUGCUUAGUGUAGCGUUGCUGCUGCUGGCGGCUGCAAGGUAGCAGUGACAACAACAACAACUACAACAACAAGAGCGACAACACCAACAACAAGCGGAUGGUGCUGCUGCUGGCGCUUGAAAGGAUUUUUGGCUGAAGCGCAUGUGAAAAAGCAUUUAAUCUAAUUCAGCUGGCGCGUAGAUUUUGUAAUCCAACAAACUUUCAUCCACAAAUUUCACUUUCUCAUUUCUGCUCUCAGUGUCUAAAAUUGCACUCAACAGUAAUUGCACUAAAGGAUAGCACAGGACUAAAACAUACAACACACACACCCACACGCUCACACGCGCAAGUGGAGGAAAUGCAACUCAUUUUAUUUCUAUAGAAUUCAUCAAGCAAUUAUGUGAUUUAUGAAAUGAAUAUUUAACAAAUAAUUAACAAUAAUUGAUGAAUUAAAAUAUAUAUUUAAAACGCAAAGAUUUAAACCUAUUUACUAUUAACAAACGCUAAGCGCUGCUAAACAAAAAUAUCAAGUCUAAAAUCAAAACGAGACAAAACGAGUAUUCAAAUUCAAUUGCAAUUAUUUUUAGCUAUUAAGUGCGUACAUUAAAUUUAAUUACAACUCAAACUGUGUACUGUAUUGUUCAACUAUUGUAAAUAGAUUUUAUUUCAUUGUUAGUAAAAGCUGAAUUUUAGGCAAUUUAAUAAACAAUUAUGUACGAUUAUAAAUAAUUCAUGGGCAUUUAGCUAGUUCUAUUAAAAUGUUAAAAACUGCGAAUAAGUUGCCAUAAAUACUUUGCAAACAUUAUUAAAAAUUUAAUAACAUGUGCAUUUCUGUAAAAGCUCAGCCAUAAAUUAAUUUUAAAUGCAAACAUUUGUAGACAGGCAUUGCACUGAUUGACACAUUUAACAGUCUUGCAUACGUUUCAAUUGU